AUGUCAGGCAAAAUCAUCAUCCACGCUGUCCGGCACGCCCAGGGCUAUCACAACCUGGGUGAAGAGUUCUUUCACCUGAGGGACCCCGCACUAACGCCAUUUGGCCAACAACAAUGCAUCGAACGACGAAAGGCCUCGUUUCAGGAUCAGUCCAAGUUCAAACUCAUCGCAUCAUCGCCCAUGAUGCGAACCCUGCAUACGACGAGUCUAAUCUUUGAUGAGGCCAUCCAGACACAGGACAUUCUUGCUAUCCCGGAAGCACAGGAAAUUUCUGAUCACGGCUGCGAUAUCGGAACAGAUCCUGCUCUUCUCAAGGAGAUGACGUUGCGGAAUGAUUGGCCCGUUGACCUGAGUAUGGUGCCUGAGGGUUGGAACGAUAAGAACCUUUAUGGGCCAAAUAGUCCCGUCACAGGUGCCUGCGCAGCACGUGCUCGCACAGUGAGAAGAAUACUCAGAGAAAAGGGCAUGGCUUUGAGUCAAGACCCCAACGAGGAUAUUCACAUUGCUCUAGUUGCCCACGGAAGCUUCAUGCACUAUUUCAGCAACGACUGGGAGAACAGCACCACUGGAUGCGGUACAGGUUGGAAGAACUGCGAGACAAGGCGAUAUGUGUUUCAAAACGACGAGUGGGACGAGAAUGCUUGGCUUGUUGAGACUGAGGAGAGCAGAUUGGCCCGCGGCAUGGAGGGUCCCGCUCCCUCGGCAGAGGAGCAACGGCGGUUGUAUGAGAAGACUAUGGUUGGCUGGGUUGACCAGGGACUGCCGGAUAUCAGAUAUCUGGAAACAGCGUCGGUUAUGCCGAUGCAAGAGCAUUCAAGGUUGUAA